AUGGGGUCCUCUGCAUCUCUUGCCAAGGCAUUUAAAAUUAACAGUGGGGGAUAUAAUACGUACGAGCAGUUUAUUAGCGCUGUUAGAGAUGCUAAAAUAGAGUGUGCUCGCUUUGUGGUGGCUGUUGAUUUCAGCCGGUCCAACAUUAGUAGGGGUCAGAAGGACCCCAAAAGGGGCGCAAGCCUUCAUAGCUCGAAGGACAUAUAUGGGAAUGUAAUCCCAAACGAUUAUAGAUACGCUCUAGAGAAGCUCAUCGAGGUCAUACAGCUCUUUGACUCUGAAACAGAGAUCAAGUUCCUCACCUUCGGGAUGAAAAAGAAGCUGACCGCCGAGCAGAUCUCUGUCGAUGACCUUGUAAAGCAUUAUGAUGUCAUGACUGCAGAGUUCUUUUCACGGAUUGAAGCCAACGCAGAAGCGGAGAGCAGCACCAUCGCCCCAGUUAUAUAUGAAACAAUCAAGGACACAGUGAAAAAUAAGGACUACCAGAUUCUCAUUAUCCUCACGGAUGGAGACCUCACAGAUAUCGGUCGAGAUGCACAGGCUAUCAUAGACGCCAGUAACUUCUCCAUUUCCAUAAUUGCACUAGGCAUCGGAAUCGGGCCUUUCACAUCUUACAGCGAGUUUGAUAACGUCCUUUUCCAGAGAAGAUUUGAUAACUUUAAUUUUGUCAAUUUAUCAGAACUUCUACGAACAAAGGAGCGAGCAGACGAACCACCCUUGAAUGCACGGGAUUUUGCAAGAAUAAUCUUAUCAGAAUGCCCCGCCCAGUAUCGCGACAUCCGGGAGUUGAACAUAGUUUAG